AUGGCGUCGCUGCUGCAAUCGGAGCGAGUUCUGUACCUGGUCCAAGGAGAGAAAAAGGUUCGGGCUCCGCUCUCGCAACUGUACUUCUGCCGCUACUGCAGCGAGUUGAGAUCGCUGGAAUGCGUCUCACACGAGGUGGACUCCCAUUAUUGUCCCAGUUGCUUGGAGAAUAUGCCAUCAGCUGAAGCCAAACUUAAAAAAAACAGGUGUGCUAACUGUUUUGACUGUCCUGGCUGCAUGCACACCCUUUCUACUCGGGCUACAAGCAUUCCCACACAGCUUCCUGAUGAUCCAGCCAAGACCACCAUGAAGAAAGCCUAUUACCUGGCCUGUGGGUUUUGUCGUUGGACAUCUAGAGAUGUGGGAAUGGCAGAUAAGUCUGUUGCCAGUGGUGGGUGGCAAGAACCUGAAAAUCCUCAUACACAAAGGAUGAACAAACUGGUUGAGUAUUAUCAGCAACUGGCCCAGAAGGAGAAAGUGGAACGAGAUCGUAAAAAGCUGGCCCGGCGUCGAAACUACAUGCCUCUGGCAUUUUCGCAACACACUAUUCAUGUAGUGGACAAAUAUGGUCUUGGAACCAGACUUCAGAGACCACGAGCUGGAGCUCCCAUCAGUACUCUGGCAGGACUUUCCCUUAAGGAAGGAGAAGACCAAAAAGAGAUCAAGAUUGAGCCAGCACAAGCUGUGGAAGAAGUGGAACCUCUUCCUGAGGACUACUAUACAAGACCAGUAAAUCUCACAGAGGUGACUACCGUGCAUCAGCGCCUCUUGCAGCCUGACUUCCAGCCAAUCUGUGCUUCACAGCUCUAUCCUCGACAUAAGCAUCUGCUGAUCAAACGAUCCCUGCGCUGUCGAAAAUGUGAGCAUAAUUUGAGUAAACCAGAGUUCAAUCCAACAUCUAUCAAAUUUAAAAUUCAACUUGUUGCUGUCAAUUAUAUCCCAGAAGUCAGAAUCAUGUCAAUCCCCAACCUACGCUACAUGAAGGAGAGCCAGGUCCUGCUGACUCUUACAAACCCAGUGGAGAACCUUACCCAUGUGACACUACUGGAAUGUGAAGAGGGAGACCCUGAUAACAUCAAUAGUACUGCAAAGGUGGUUGUACCUCCCAAGGAGCUCGUUCUAGCUGGCAAGGAUGCAGCAGCAGAAUAUGAUGAAUUGGCAGAGCCUCAGGAUUUUCAGGAUGACCCUGACAUCAUAGCCUUCAGAAAAGCCAACAAAGUGGGCAUUUUCAUCAAAGUCACCCCACAACGUGAAGAAGGUGAAGUGACCGUAUGUUUUAAAAUGAAGCAUGAAUUUAAAAACCUAGCAGCACCAAUUCGCCCUAUUGAGGAAGGUGAUCAGGGCUCUGAAGUCAUCUGGCUCACCCAGCAUGUGGAGCUCAGUCUUGGCCCACUUCUCCCAUGAUGGAUCCUAAUGAUGAGCAAACCUCAAAAGACAGCAUGGAAAUUCUUGCACCACAAUGGACCAUCUGGAAAUGCUGAAAUCACUGAAGCCACAACUUCAUUAGACCUCAUUUAUGCUAUACACAUACAUUUACCGAUUUCUGUCAGGGGAGUGGUUAACAUGGACAAGGAACAAGAAAUGCUGAAUAACUGCUGUUCUUUCUCCCAUUGCUUAAAUAUUCGCUAUGUAAAUCUUUGACUGCUUCACAACCCUUGUACACUUUGAACUCCAGCUCUAUUUGAGCACAGAGAAAGGUAGCCAGUCUAAGCCCAUUACUGCAUCUUGCUGAAGUGGCAUCAGCUUCACAGCUCCCAAAAUGCUGCUUGUUCUAUCUCCAAUCCAGUCUGAUGGAUACAAUUCAGAAUCUUACAGAGGAAGCUUUAAGCAGUACUCAGAAAGGGGCCUGCUGUUAUUUGGCAAAUAUUUAGAAAUAGAACACUGUUAAUGUAGCAGCUGUUCUAUGCAUUCCACCGGAAAUUUUUUCAGCAGUCUAAAUAGAUUCCUCCAUUUUCCUUAGCAU